AUGCCUAGUGGUAGGUGUUUCCACUCUAAAGUGGCUGAGGAGCGUCCGGAUGGUCUCGUCAUACACGGAGGCUCGCCUGUCGUUGAUGGACUGCAGUCGGUAACUACAGACAGCCACGACGACCAUAGGGUGGCGAUGGCGAUUGCUGUGCUCGCGACGAG